AUGGGAUGGCCCAUUACUAUAUAUGUUCCUCUUACCUAUUUACGUUUAGCUUUAACGUUCAUGGAUGAUUUAAUUCGUAUUAUAUCGACAACACAACUCUUCUGUGCAUUACAUCAAUUACAUAUCACGAUUGAUGAUUGUAACUACGACGAAUAUUGUACUGCAACAACAUCUAAUCAACUGAUUCGAAUGGUCAAUUUACAUACAUUUACUUUUUUAAAAAGAUUUUUCUCAACUUUAAUAAUUGGAUGGACAUUGAUCGAAAUUCUGACAUCGUCCAAUAUCAUGCCUGUUCUUCAACAUGCUAAUAUAUCGAUUUUCAUUAAUAUUAGUGAUUUAAAUCAUAUUAGUUCGUCACCACUAUUCACUGAUUAUCGUCAUGUUGAUGUUCAUUUUGCCUUCAGUCUCAUUUAA